GUCGGCAGCCCCGCGGUGGGCGCGGCCGUGCCUGGACCCGCUGCCGCCGCCGCUGCAGCCGCCGCGGCCGCCGCCGCCGCGGGCUACCCGCUGGCGCCCUACCCGCCCGCGCCACACCCGCCGCACCCGGGCUACCCGCUGUACGCGCCCUACGCCGGGCUGCAGCACCUGCCCUACGCCGUGCCGCAGCCAGCGCCCGCCACCGCCGCGUCGCCGCUGCAGUCGCCGCGCAACGACGCUGCCGCCGUCACGUUCAUGGGGCUGUUGCAGAGGUCGGCGCGCUCGCCCUGUCCCAUCGUGGCGAAGCAACCGCGGGAUCACUCCUCUGCCACCAUCCCGCGCGCCUCCACGCCGGCCACGGCAGCACUUAAAUUAGCUCAUACGUUCGUCGGCGCCCAUCGCGACCACGACGACGGCGCCGACGAUGACGACGGCGACGGCGGUGGUGACGACGACGACGACCACCAGUCACCGCGACAUCGUGACGACGCCCGUGGUGGGGCGCAGUCACAGCCCGCGCGGACACAGCCCCAACCGGGAGCGCGACAGCUACAGCAGCAACGUGAGCAGUCUCAGCCGCAGCAGCAUCACCCCGGUGAGCGCCGCGGCGCUCUCCUCCAGCGUCAUCACGUGCAACUCCUCGCCAUUCAGCUCGGCGG